AAGGCUCUAUUAGUAAUUUCGCUAUCACAAUUCACAAAUAGAAGCAAAUUCCCCUUCCACACUCCUUUUACUCUCCACACCUCGACUCCGCAAUUUCUAUUCUAACGCACACCAAAAUCGAAGAGCCUUCAUCUCUCUCAGCGAAGAAAUUAUGUUGUUCUUCUCGUACUUCAAGGACUUGGUGGGGCGGGAAGUGACGGUGGAGCUGAAGAACGACCUUGCAAUCAGGGGGACUCUGCACUCCGUUGAUCAAUACCUCAACAUCAAGCUUGAGAACACUCGGGUUGUCGAUCAGGACAAGUACCCCCACAUGCUUUCAGUGAGGAACUGUUUCAUCAGGGGGUCAGUGGUGAGAUACGUUCAACUACCUCCCGAGGGAGUCGACAUUGAGCUGCUUCAUGAUGCCACGAGAAGAGAAGCUCGGGGUGGCUGAAUAAUGAUUUGUCUGUAUCCUAUGAACACUUGAUUCAAGGUACUCAUGGUUGAAACUAUUUGUUGAAGCAAAUUAUGCAUUGUGAUGUGAUUUACGCUUAAGCAAGCCUAGUGCUUUUGAAAUCAUGGAUAUUAAAAUCCUGAUACGUUGUGAUUUUAAGAUCUCAAAAAGUCAAAAGGAUCCGGACUUCAACAUCAAA